AUUACUACAACCCGUAACCCACCUAACCCACCUUCAUGGUAUCCACCAGAAUCCUUCGGCGAAGAUAGAGAUAAUGGAAUUUUUCUUGUGGAUAAUAGAAGCACGAUUACACGUCACAAACAAACUACACGACAAUUCUCAUUGAAACCAAUGAAUGAAGAUGAGUACACGGCAUUAUCUGCGUGGGAAGAUGAUGAUAUUAGUAGUAAUGUAGAAGUUACAAAAUCUGAAAGAAACGAAGCUCAAUAUAUGAAUGAAAAUUCAUUUUCGAAGAAUUCAUCCGACACUACCAGUACAGCUAAUACAGUGGAUGGUUAUGAUGACGAUACCGCCUCCAUGGCCUCCAUGUCAACCUGUUCCACAGCAACGACUUCAGACCUAUACCCUUCCGUAAUGCACGUUACUUUGAAAGAUUUAAUAAAUUUCAAAGAACGACAUGAUUCUAUGCAAAAUAUAAAUAAUUAUUACAAGUCUAUGGAACCAACACCCGUUAUUAAUAAAGGUAAACAAAAGAUUGUAAAUUUUAAGGAUGAAAUUGUGGAAUCACCCGGAAAACCAUCCAAGAAAUCAAUGGAGAUAGAAUCAACGGCAUUAUCAGUCAUUUCAAAUGAUUCAAGUACCAUUAAAGAGAAUAAUUCAUCACAUAAAGAGGAAAUUUCGGAAAUUUCAAUAACUAUACCAUUAAACUUACCAAAGGUAUCAAAAGAAGAAUAUGAAGCGACAAAAAUUGACAAACAAAACAAACUUCGUGCGUGGGUGAAAUGUUUAUGGCCACAACCAAGGCUUCCCGGUUCGAAACAAUUAUCAGCUGGACUUACUCCAGGUACUCUAUCGAAAAGGGAUCUCAAUCCGUCUAUAGUUGGAGUUAUCGUAAUGCAAAAAUCGGUUCCAAUGAUAUUAACGGCCAUAUUAAAAGGAACGAAACAUCCAAAAAAAGAGAUUGAUAGAAACGGACAAAUAAAAUUUACGGGGGAGCCUGUAAUUAUUAAGGGGGUUUAUGACCCAAGAGAGUAUUUGCUUUUGCAUUGUCCUACUUUUCAUAAUCCACCUUGUUAUAAUGGUGAUCCAAAAAACCCUUGGACUGAACAUUUCUUGCUUAAUAAAAUUUUGCCUAGAUUAACCAGUGAAGCAAUUAAAGUACAAAAUGAAGUUGGAUUAUUCUUAACAGUCAAGGAAUCAAUGUUAUGGGGAUUAGAACAUUAUUCCUUAUUUCAGUGCAGAUAUUGCACAAACGUGCAAAAUAGUUUUGGCAGGCAGUUCAAUUAUAAAGGGGUUUGUGAACAUUUAUACAGUAGUAAACAUAAUUGA